AUGGUCGAAGAUCCAAGUAAAAGGUCACGGUCUGCCCCCCGUUCCAAAAAUGGAUGCCUUACCUGUCGCCGCCGCAAGAAGAAAUGCGAUGAGCGUCAUCCCACAUGUACAGGUUGCCAACGAAACAAUCUCACCUGCCAAUGGCCAACAACGGGAGUGGUCGUGCGCAUGCGACGUCCGCGCCGACGCCAAGUUCUCUCAGACAUGACAGUGCCACCAGAGUUGGCAGCUAUGGUGACGGUCUUCGCAGUUCCCAGCCUAGGCCUGGUUCGUCGGCUUCUAGACCACUUCGCCAAACAUGGCCCUAUGUGGCUGACUUCAAGGAUGGGUAACCGACGGACGGCGAUCCUCUCUCAGAUUUUCCCGGAAGCCAUGGAAAGCCCGCUUAUUCUGCACUGUGUGCUCAUGAUUGCAGCGAAAGAUUUACUGAAGUAUGAUUCGAACGUAGAAUUACAAGCCUCGGCGGUUGAGUACUACGGUCGAGCCAUUUCCGGCCUGCGUGAGGCUCUUAGUGGUGAAGAAUCGGCAGACAAGCCCACGUCUGACCAUAACCUGUUGGCAUCGCAGAACUACUGCCAUAACGAUCAGAUAUUGCCACAUCUGAACGCCGCAGCCGCUCUACUAAGACCCCGGCUGCAUAUAAUGCCGCCCAACUCAUCGCUUCGAAAGUUCCUCGUGGAAAUGUUUUGUUACUUCUUUUCCAUCACGGCGUUCACUCACGGGGCUCAUCUGGAACUGAGUGAGGCUAGGCAGAUAUUCGAAUUUCCGGGUCUUCUCCAACACCUAGAAAGCGGAUCAAUUAUGGGCACCUCGCAGAAAGUAUUCUUUAUUGUGUUCCGCGUCGCCCUCCAUUUAUCGCAGUUCGAAUCAAGUAUGCCUUCUAAUCAAGGGAUAUAUGCCGACUUAGUAAGUGCUAAGCAAGACUUGCGGAAUAUUCAUGCUUCGUUCCAUGUACAGCCCAACAUGGGUGCGGAAACGAUCAACGACGGUGUGACAUUCGAGCUUUAUCGCCUUGCUUGCCUGAUAUACCUGCAAAGCCUUACCGAUGGGUCUAUCCCCAUCUCUGCGCCUUCUAUUCAGGAAAUGGUGUCCUCUUUUGUUACUCACCUAGAAAUGUUACCACCAGAGUCACCCUCAGACGGCUUUAUUUGCUGGCCCAUGGUGAUAGUGGGACGUUGUGCCAUCCAGCAAACGCACAGAGCUGCCAUUAGUACAAAGCUUAAGACGAUCUUCGACAAGUUUCGCUCAGAAAUAUUUUCGAGUAUCUUAGUAUGCUGA